AUGGCGGAGCAAUGCCUGGUCCUCCCCGACGAUGUGAUGGAGGAUAUCUUUGCGCGGCUGCCGGCUAAGUCAGUACUCAGGUGCCGCUGCCUCUCCCAUGCCUGGGCAACCAGGCUCUCGACGGACGAUUUUGCCGAUCGCCACCUCCGCCUCGCCAACCGCCACGGUGUCCCGAGGAUCCUGUUGUUACAACACUCGGCCAGCCAUGGGCAGAUGAUGAACAUGUGGUCGCCAGACAAAGCUAGCGGUGCAACGCUGAUGGACAACGUCCCGCGUGAUCUCACGCACGACCGCUUUCCAUACAACCCCUCAACGUUCGGGCGCACGCGCAUCGACCAAGACAGAGACUUCCCACGCCUUGUUACUCAGCAGUGUCGUGGCCUCGUUAUCCUCCAAGCCGCCACCGCAGGGAUGCACUACCUGUGCAACCCAUCCACCGGCCAAAUGACGGUUCUCCCUGACGGCCGAUCCACGGGCUGCAGGAGUCUCAUGGAGUCGUAUAAGAGGUAUGCGUGCCUAGGGCUGGGCUAUGAUGUGCGCACAAGGAAGCAUAAGGUUGUGCGCGUCUACUAUCGUGGUUGUGGUCCUGACAAACUCCCUCUAUCUGCCGGAUGCGAGGUCUACGUGGUCAACACCACGGAGCUCUGGAGGCCGGUGGAGCGAAGCCGCCAGGAGAAGCCUCUCGGUUGGGUAAAUCAAAAUAUGACCAGCGUCUUUGCACAAGGGCACGUGCAUUGGCUAGCUCAGCGGAAGGUGUACUCUCAGCUUGAAGCGAAGCCCACAGUACCGCAAGAGAUGCUCAUUGUUUCCUUCUCCCUCGCCGAUGAAACUUUCGGGGCCAUUCUGCCUCCAUUAGGCAUAGAGAAGGAGGGUCUGCUUAAGCAUCAUUUGACGAAUCUCGGUGGGCGCCUGUGCCUCUUAUACAACAUGUGGCCCCAAUAUCUCGACGUCUACCUAUUACAGGGACACAACACAUCGACGUGGGAUUUACACUGCCGAAUCGAUCUAGCCACAAACUCAUGGAAGAUCUCCAUUCAGAUCAGCCCACUUGCCAUCCUCGAUGGUUGUCGCAUCCUCCUCGUACAACCACGUUUACCAUCGGCUCGCACAACCGGUUUCAAACUAUUUGCGUACAACCCCAUGACUGGCGAUAUCGAGAACCCCUUGGACAGUAGUGGUGUGGUCACUCAUCAAAGCAUAGUCUUAAGACAUGCCACACUAUACGAGGAAAGCAUGGCCUUUCCUGGAAAACAAUACAAAGACAUCAUCUUCGCAGUGUCGCUGGUGUUACGCCGUGUACCAACUUAUGCCCUCAUGAGGCUUAAGCUUGUUUGCCGGAGCUGGCGUGCCAUGAUCGAGAGCAGACAAUUUGAUGUAUCAGUAAGUACGUGUGAAAAAUUUGAAGACUACUAA